AUGAACAAAUGGGAUUCUGAUCCAAUUCUUGAGUACAAGGAAUCAUUGGAAAAUGAUAUGAUGAACUAUGAUAGUAUAACAGAGGAUAAUAAUGAAGAGUUUGCAGAUUUUAAUAAUCAAUCAGAUAGUUCAGAUGAAGGCGAUAAUCAAGAUGAAAAGGAUAGUUUAGAUGAUAAAGUUAAUACCACAGUUCCUAUAUCUUAUAAUUCACUUAAAGAUGUCAAAAUUGAAGUUAUCA